CGAUAACAAAGUUUUAACAAAAAAAAUUCAACUACAACUUUGAAAAUUUAAUGUUUUUUUUUUCUGGUGGGCUUUGCGAAAAAAAGUAUAAAAACUAUAAAUAAAACCAAGUAAAGAAACAUUUCAAGAUUUGCCACAGAAGUGAAGUGAAGCACAAAGCCGGCGCGGAAACAAAAUAAUUUGAAAAAAAAAAAAAUUUUUGAAAAAAAAGAUUGAAAAAAUUGCGAAAUAUUGAAAUACAAAAAUUACACAAAACAAACAAUUAGAAUAAGUGUUUGGAAAUAUAACAAAAAUCGGAAAAGAAGAACAAAAAAAAAUCCCAAAAUGUCUUUGGCCAUUUUGCAAGCUAUGGUAUUGGUCUCAAUGGCCUUUGUCGGAAGUUCCCGGGCAGCCAUUGCCUCAUUGCCCAACAGCCAGGAAUUUGCAACAUCGACAACAUCCUCUUUGGCAAAUGUUGAUAGUUUAUUAGCAUUUCCUAGUGAUUUGGCGGCGGCAGUGGGUAGCAGCGUUGACAACAGCAACAAUCAACAAAAGGAAUUCAGUUCAAGUCGCUUACAAAUAACACCCUGCUCCCUCAGUGAUCCCAAUAAAAACGAAUGCAUACGCGGUCUGUUUAUGAAAAUACUGCCGGAAUUGAAGCAAGGACUCCCUGAAUAUGGCAUGGGUUCGUUGGAUCCCUACUAUUACCAGCGUGGUAUUUUCCGUUAUGCCAGCGAAGGUAUACAGGGUGGUUUGCUAAUCAAGAACAUGCAGAUUCAUGGCAUAUCCAAUUUGCAAGUGAAAUCCUUCAUUGGCAAUUUUACCGACAACAAUUUGAUUGUGAAACUGGGUUUGGAAAUCAAGCAAAUCAAGGCUGAUGGUCAAUUUAAGGCUGAUGUUAAAUUUGGUGGUUUGCGUUUGGUGCCCAAGGGACCCUUCAACAUUACCAUUGACAACAUCAAGGCAGUGGCUUUGACUGAUGGCAAAUUUAUCACCAAUGAAGACAAUGGCAUGAGAUUGCAGCUGCAGCGCCUAAAUGCCAAUGUGGCUGUGGGCAAUGCCAAAAUUAUUGCCAAUGGCAUUUUUUCGGAUAGGAAUUUGAACACCAUGAUCCUGAAUUUGGUCAAUGAAAAUCUACCGGAAAUCACCCGCGUUGGCAUACCGGCCACCCGUGACCAAUGGGCCCCCAUUCUGGUGGAACACAUCAACAAUUUCUUUGCCCAAGUUCCUUUAGAGAAAUUCUUAGUACCUUAAGCUAUGCUAUCAGAUAUCCUGAGAAACCAAAUAUUUAUAUAAUUAUUUAGGAAAUCACUAAAAAUUGUAACAACACCCCCACAAGAAAACAUUCCUCACAUUCUAUCCAAGCAAAAAAAAACACAACAUUUUGUAAGAUCAUUUUUUUAUAUAUCUACCAUAAGUUUUAGUUUUAUAAGUGCUUAUAUCAUUUUUUUCUAAUAACACAAUCUCUAAUAUUGUUUAUUUAUUAAUUAUAAAAACACAAAAAUUUAGUAUUUUAAGAAAAUAAAUUUGUAAAAACAAACA